CGAAGUUCACCUUCAAUGUUUUUGCGGUGGCACAUCACUAAACCACUUUUGCGCAAUUCAGUCGUCAGUUGCGCGUAUCAUGCAACACAUUGCGUGAAUAUUGCAAAGUUUUAUUGAUUAUACAUAACAAAUCGAUUAACUAUAUAGCAGUUAAUUUGUGCUUUGUUCCUUGUUGCCACUAUUUACAAUGUACAUCUACGAGCCGCCAACUAAAAACUCGUUUACCACUGUGGAAGAAUUCCAAGAAGCCUUCAAUCUCUUCGACAAUCGUGGUGAUGGCAAAAUUCAAUUGAGUCAAGUGGGUGAGUGCUUGCGUGCGCUCGGUCAAAACCCUACCGAAUCGGAUGUGAAGAAGUGCACACAUCAAUUGAAGCCGGAUGAACGCAUUAGCUUCGAAGUUUUCCUACCCAUCUACCAAGCGAUUUCGAAGGCGCGUUCUGGUGACACUGCCGACGAUUUCAUUGAAGGUCUGCGUCAUUUCGAUAAGGAUGCUAGCGGUUUCAUUUCAUCAGCUGAAUUGCGACAUUUACUAACCACUUUGGGUGAGAAACUCACCGAUGAAGAGGUCGAACAACUAAUGACCAACCAAGAGGAUACACAGGGCAAUGUGAAUUAUGAAGAAUUUGUGCGUAUGGUCAUGAAUGGCUAAGUGAAAGUGUCGUUGAUAUAUGUAAUAGUGGCCUGCAUUUAAGUAAUUAAAAGUAAUAUAUAUAUAU